UUUUGCCAUUUUUGAUCUGUAUCACUCUCAGACUUGGGGGGGGGGGAGAGAGAGAGAGAGAGAGAGGAUGCAUUUUGGGACUCUUAGAAACAGCAGAGAGUCUCAUACAAUGUUACAGUGACUGUCUCAGAUGGUUCAGAAAUGCUGAGAUGGUGGGAUGCGAAAUGCUGUUGCUUUAAGCGAGUGAACUAUCUGUGAAAGAACUAGUGUUAGCUUGUAUCUUGACAGACGGUGGUUUUCAACUUCUGUAAAAACUGGCUUCCUUCUUGUUUGCAGAAGGGAGUUUAGUGCAUGAUUUCUGUAACUUGCCCGAAGUUCUUUGGCUGUCUGCUAAAACACCUGUAAAUGCAUAUAAUAUUGCAUAUAAUUCUAGGCUGCUGAAUGCCUGAGCUUGUUGAUGUGACUUCUUGGCAAAGCAAGGGCAAAUAGAGACAGUAAGGAGCUUGUUGCUUGAAGGUAACAAUGUUUGAUUUGGCUUUAUUUGCAAAGGGAAAGCUUGCAAAUUCAAGUGCAAAUGGAAAUGUGAAACUGUGUGCUCAGUAAUAUUUCAAAUUGAAGAUGUUCAACUGGAAAUGUCAUGGUAUUUACAGCUUACAAGAACCCACAAGUAUGUUGUGUGACAUAAGGUAAGAGAAGUUAGACUAAGGUAAAGGAGCUGGCUUUGUGAGCAGCUAGGUGGUCUAAGCUGCUUUUGGAGCCAGGGAUGAAAUGCAUGUUCAGCAGGCAAAAUGGUUGUACUACAGCUGUUUGUGUGACCUAAUGCAAUCCUUUUAAUGUCUGAAUGUACAUACUAUGCUAUAAAAAAUAAAUUUGGAAGGUCUGCCACUCUUCUGAGGUGUUUUAUUUGUGUUGCAGUGUUGGGCUGAUGAAAAAAUUCUGGUUCUCUUGCUCUUUGCUCUCCAGGAAAUAGAUGUUUGAAAUAUGCAAUUCUUCAGUGCAGGGGUUUGGCAGUAUUCUGUAUAAACUGCUUCCACCCACCAAUUUGGAGAUUUUCUCUCCGAGCUGGGAGAGAAGUUGUGUGUAUAUUUUAUUACAAUCCUUGUCUGUAAUUUGGCGUUAUUACAGUAAUGUGAAUGUGGUGCUUCUGUUAUUAGGCAGCACUGGAUUUAUUUGCUACAUUGAAUCAGGCAUGGGUUAGUGAAAAAGAGGACUGAUUUUCAAGGGUUAUCAUCUCAGUUGAAGAAUGGCCAACUCAUACAGACUUUCCACUUUUUUUUUGGGUUUAACUGAUGGUGGUUCAAUGAGCAGAUCUGCAUAUUGUUAACAGUCUCAUAUUGCUGCUGAUCUGUUACUGUUGGACAUUUGAAGAGGAAAAGCCAUGGAUAGUACUGUUGGAUGGUCACGUGGCAAUCUCAUCCAGCACCCUAUUCCAUCUAGCUUUAUAAAAUUUGGAUUGAUGCAGCUGAGUCAGAUCUGUCAAAAUGUCCUGAGGAAAUGAAGCUAAUGCAUCUCUGAAGGCUUCUUUUGAAUUUAAAAUGAGCCAUUUCCAUUCAGUUAUCCAUUUCUUUAAGUGUUUUGAGGGGUUGCACUAGUUAGCAGUGCUGCUGGAGUGCUUGUUAUAUUAAAUGUCUUCUACCACCCAAGCAGGCUGGAGAUGGUGUAAAACAAAAUUGCAAACUUCAAUGAGUUAGAGGUAGCCCAAACUUAAUUUCUAAGUUCCUAAAUCCUGUUUCAUGUUAUCAGUCCAGAAGAACACCCUUUAAAUUUUUUACAGUAAGAUGGAAAACUGGAUCAGUGAUUUGAUACAGGAUAUUGUGGGAAAGAGGCACUGGACCAAAAUGGAGAGAAAGCAGCGAGAUUCCUGGGAUAGCUGUGGAUGUAGGAUUCAGGAAAUGCGAGUUGUGUUGUGGCACAACCAGAGCAGGAUGACUGUGGGAAUGCAGUUUAAUAUUUGAACCCUGUUCCUUGCACCUACAAAACAGGGCUGUGUUCAGUACAUUUAAUUGGGAGUAAAACUGUUUUGAAGUGUUCAAGAAUGAUAUAGUGCUGGAGACAAAAUGAUUUUCUGUUUGAAGUAAAGGUAGUGAAAUGAAAAUGUGUGUGUAAGUGUAUUUGGUUCUGGACGAUAUGUCCUUCCAGACUUUAUUGGACAGCAGUGUAUUUCAGUGGUCAUGGUUUUGUUCCACUUUUCAUUUCUCUUGAGCAUGUAAAGGUGAGUUUAGCAACUGAAGCAUUACUGAAACGUGUCUCGGGGGCAGAUCAGCUCUAUGUCAGAGGGUGACAGCUGCUAGCAUGUUUGUACACCUUAACCAUGAGUAAGUUCAGCUGUGGCAGUUGCACAGAUGUGCUGAAUCUUCUUCAUGUUGCAUGUGGCUUCCCUCCCUGAACUCUUUGGUCUGUUGUUGGACUAUAGACUGAGCCUUAUUUCCACUCAGAGUCCUAAAUCCAGAGACCUUUCCUGUUUGAGUUCAAACUGCAGCACUGCAAGGAAGGACUGUUUCAGAACCGGAGCAUGGGACUUUCAGGGGGCCAAGCAGAUCCUUGUACUCUGUUUUUGUAAUAAGUCAACGACUGUGGCUGAGAACAGUCUCAGUUGGACUUCUUGCACAAAGCUAAACUUCUACUUUUCUGUACUAGACGAACUCAGAGAGGACAGCUUAAAUUCCUGUGCUCCAGAUGAGUUCAAAUCCAGAAGUGUAAUUAAUGUGGGCAGUGCUGUUUUGCUGGGUCUGUUCUGAUGUCUGCUGUUGGUUUUGUGUGUCAGUGUUUAUUUUUGGUACCAGGUGGUGAUACUUCUGUCCUGUGGGUUUCUGAAGAGCAAGACAGAAUCUUUGCUAUGAACUUCACUCUUUCUUCACGUUAGCUAGCCUCUUCAAGAAACAACUGAGGUAACUGAAACACAACAUCAUACCAGGUGCUCUGAAGAAAACAAUUCCAUCCUGCUGAAACAAAGACACAUGUGAAGAUCACUGAAGGGAGCAUUCACCUUGAACAAUAAUCAGUUUUUUCCCUGUCUGUUCUAAAUGGCUUCUAAGAAGUUGGGAUCCGACUCUCACGGGCCUUUCAGCUAUCUUGAUGAUGUCCCAUUUAAGAUAGGAGACAAAUUUAAAACCCCUGCGAAGGUUGGACUACCCAUUGGUUUCUGCCUGCCUGAUUCUUUUCAGCUUGUCAGAGAAGCCCAGUAUGACUUCUCCCUGGAAAAGAAAACAAUUGAGUGGGCUGAAGAUAUCAAAAAAAUUCAAGCUGCCCAGAAAGAAGCUGAACGCAAGGCUGAAGAAGCAAUAGCAAACUCAAAAGUUGCUCCAGAGGACAACAGAAUGGGGUUCCCAGAGGGACCUUGCCCCGAGGCCAUGCCUCCACCUAUUAACCCCAUACUCGCUAGUCUGCAGCACAAUAGUAUUCUUACCCCUACUCCAGCCAACAGCAGUGCUGUGAAGCAAAAAGUUCUUAGUCCACCUCAUCCAAAAGCAGAUUUCAACCCAGCUGAUUUUGAAUGUGAAGAAGACCCAUUUGACAAACUGGAAUUAAAAACUAUUGAUGAUAAGGAGGAAUUAAAAAACAUUCUUGAAAUUCAUGUUGGUACUACUGGGCCAGUUGUUGCCCAACUGUUGGAUAACAGCUUGCCCAAAGGAAAGUCUGAGUCUGUGUUACAAGAUCAGGAAGUUUUGGCAUCCAUAGAAAGGGCCGCGUUGGACCUCAAGCCCCUUCACAAACCCAAUGGCUUUAUCACUUUACCGCAACUGGGAAACUGUGAAAAGAUGUCCUUGUCUUCCAAAGUGUCCCUGUCCCCUAUCACUUCAGUGAGCAGUAUCAAAUCCCUGUCCUUUCCUAAACUUGACUCCGAUGAGAGUGAUCAAAAGUCGUCAAAGCUCAUGGGCACUUUUCACAGCGCUAGUUGUCUCCGCAAUGGCACUUUUCUCAGCUCUUGGCAGGCCUGUGCUCAGAAUAAAGCUAGCGAACUGAAUGGACACCACAUGGUUGAUCUUUCUGCUGUAAACGAGGACAGUGGAAUGGAGACAUCUACAUUAUCCUCUUCAUCCAGACUGCCGUCCCUGGCUUUGUCGACACUGUGUGCAGAAGAACAAAGCACAGUGACCACGGUACACCCAGACAAGGAGACAGAAAUCCCUAUGGUAACACACCAAAAUUUCCCAGUGUCUAAAGUGCCCAACAACAUGACCUGCACAAAGCAGUCGGGUGUUCCUUUUCCGGAGUUACAGCAGGCUCUCUCUGCUAGCGAGAGGCAGUGCGUAGAGACAGUUGUCAACAUGGGAUAUUCACCUGAGAAUGUCCUGAAAGCCAUGAAGAAGAAGGGGCAAAACAUAGACCAGGUUUUGGAUUACCUGUUUGCACACGGACAGCUUUGUGAAAAGGGCUUUGAUCCACUUCUUGUUGAAGCGGCUUUGGAGAUGCACCAGUGUUCAGAGGAGAAGAUCACGGAACUUCUCCAACUUAUGAGUCAAUUUAAAGAAAUGGGCUUUGAACUAAAGGACAUUAAGGAGGUCUUAUUAUUACAUAACAAUGACCAGCAGAAUGCUUUGGAAGAUCUAAUGGCCCGUGCAGAAGCCAGCUGAAGCACAUUCCUGAGUUCUUGGCGUGCAAUGGAACAGCCCCACCACCUUCACGUUCAGUGUGACUUGCUCUCAGCAAGGAGUCCAGUUUUUUGCAUACAUGGGAAAGUGAAUGAGCAAGCCUGCCUGCGUGCAUCACUCCAGCAUUUCUCUUUUCACUGGGAGCCAACUUUCUUUCUUAAAUUAAAUUUUUGAAGUGUCCUUUCCUAAGUUUCCUUUUUCCAGCUUGGCCACGGAGAUUUUAGACUGCCCAGCUGCUCUACUGGAAUUGUAUAUAGUCAGAGACAGGAGUGGUCCUCCUCACUGUUGCACUGGAGUUGGACAGGGGAUUACUAAAUUUGUUCUGAAACAUAUAAUGCUUUGGUUCUUUGAAGCUGCUUUCUUGGUGUCUGCUUGUACUGAAUUACUUGACUGUGUCACAGUCCAGAUUAUCUGGUUAAAUCUGACCUUUAGUGCAAUGGAGUUUUAUUUUUUGAUUGAGAGUUAGUCUGUAACUUAGUGAAACACUGGUUUGGAAACUGUCGCCAUUCAUAAAGAGAGAAGCUGUUCCUCUUGUUUCUUCUUUAACUCAUGCAUCCAACACUUCUGCAGACGUAAGUGUCCUAUGCUAAGUGGUUAUAAGUUCUCUUGAAAUAUAACCCAGACCUGCAAUUUGUGGUGGUUCUUGAACCUGAAGGCAGAGAGCUGGGGCUCAGUAUUCUUAAUCCCCCUGGCUUGUAAGAUAUUUAAGAAAAUGCUCUGCUAGGAAAUCAGUUAUCUUUUGUUCUAAAUAAUAUUCAGUGUGAUGCAGGAGGUUUCUUUCAAGCACUUUCUUUAAAAUAAACAUACUUGCUGCAUUAGUUCCAUUUUUCACACUGCUGUAGAAUUACAUAAUAACACCUAGUACUAGAAAUCAGGUAGUCAUAGAAUCAUAAGAUAAGAAUUGGAAGGGACCUCUGGAGAUGGAGUAACUGCUUGCUAAAGCAGGUUCCCUCCAGUAACUUGCAUGGGAGUAUGUCCAGGUGGGUUUUGAAAUCUCCAGAGAAGGAGACUCCACCUCUCUGUGCAGCCUAUCCCAGUGCUCUGUCAUACUCUUAAAUAAACCCUUGUGGAAUCUAUCCAACAACAAAAUGUCCAUUUCCUCAGAAAAACGUGGAAGCAUAGAAAGCAUGUUUUGAAGGGGCUUCUCCUGCACUAGCUGUUUAAUAAGCAAGAAAAAAUUCUAUCACUUCUGUUCUUACUCAAUUUUCCAGAAGGCAAAUCCUUUCAAUGAGUAUCAGAGUAACUUGCAAGAAGCUGAAGUUCCAGAGAUACAAGCAUCAGCUCUGCACUUUAUCCUGGAGUUCCAGUGCUGCCUCUUAUUUCAGUCCAGUCAGAUGAUGUCAGGAGCACUGCCUCUGCUGCUGGUUUUAACUUCUCUCUUGUUCCUUCGGGAGGACCUGCUGGAAGAGCUAAUGUGCAUACUGCUCUUGAGGUGACUGGUUGGUGUUGAUGUUGCCAACCAUGUUGCUUGCUAAAGUUGAUGCAAGAUUAUCUAAAAACACAGGAGGAUAACACUGAAUCAUCUGGGACUGGUGAAAAGAAAUCCAAACUUAUCACAUCUGAGGAAAUGCUGAAUAUUGGAAUGGCAUGGGAUAGUCUGUUAACAGCUGAGGAAUAACAGCAGUAUCAACUCUGACAGAUGAUGGCUGAUGCACAAGAACCCUCUUGGUUGGGCUUCUUGUGUUUCCAACAAGAGUAUGUGCGUCAUUUUGGCAGAAGGAUCUUCUCAAUUUCAUCCAAAGAGUUUUCAGUUGUCAAGUGAGUGAUACCAACUUUCUCCUUGUUUUCCUCAUUGCCCCCCAUCUUGAAACAUGGUUUUCUAACAGCACUGGAUUUUUCUGUUUUGGUGCACUGUGGACUUCAGAUUAUCGCACCACCUUUUUCAGGCCUCGUGGACUACAAGGAACCAUCUUGGAGUUUAAUCCUGAACAUUCAUGAAGGAUUUCCACAAAGAGCCCAUCUACUAUUAGGCUCUCAUAAGAUGCCUUUUUGUUCCAGAUGGAAUGGAUCCAGGUGGGCAGCUUAUCGAAUCAUUCAUUUGAAGAUGAAGAGUAGCAUCAAAACAUUGCAGCUGUGUGUGAUCAGCAGCCUGGCAUGGGAUUGUCAGUCUCAUUUUUCACAGAGGGCACAUCAGAGAUAAUUGUAGACUGGCAGUUUCACUGUUGGGAUCUGUACUUAGUUUUUCUCUAAUUAGUGCUCUAGAAUGAUAAGGGUUCUGGAUACCUUUCACUUUUAACCUCUGCAAAAGCAUAGCUGUAGUGAGCUGACAAAUGAGAAACACAGACAUGGAGUAAUUCUUCCCAAUUUCAGAAGCCCAGGAAAUAGAAGUCUAUUCUGGCACUGCUGAUGACAGCCUAACUGGAGAUGUUGUAUUCAAGGGGCAUCCAGAUUCCUUCUGUUUAAUUCCGUUUGGUGGUUGUGGAGUGUGUUCAGCAAUGGAAACAGCUUCCUAUUUACUUCAAUGCACAAACUGUUAGGGCAGUUAUCUUCUUGAGGGCAGUUUGUUUCUGCUUGGCAUAGUCUUAGCUGAACCUGGACUUGUUAAUCUCUUUUGUCCCCCUGGCAAGAAGACCCUGGAAACACAGAUUUUUUUCUGACCUGCUGAGAUGUAAAGGAAAGAGGGGAAAAAACUUAUCUUGGAACCUCUGAAUACUGCUCUGUACUAAACUUACAGGCUUAUUGAGUAGUAGUACAUCAAGCACAUUCAAAAAAGGCAGGCUUUUCAGCUGGAUGUCGGGAUGGAUGGGUGGGAUGGAAGGGGAUGGCUCUGCAUCUCAAAGUGAGCGUUAGUGUCUUGCAGGAGCACAAAAGUACCAGACAAAGGAAAGUGAGAUGUGACUGAAGUAGAAGGCUGUAUGUGAAUCCCAGCAGUAUCCCGCCCAGGCUCUAUGGGUGAGGGACAUCCACAUGAAAAACAGCAGGCUUUAUAGCUGAUAAAUCCAGAGGUCUUUUGAUUGUCCAUGGUACCUACAUCUGUAGAGUUCAUAGAAUCAAAAGGAUUGGAAGGAACCUCUGGAGGUCAUCUGGUCCUGGCCCCUGCUAAAGCAGGUUCCCUAAGUAGAUUGCACAGGCAAGUGUUCAUAUAGGUCUUGAAUAUCUCCAGAGGAGGAGACACCACAACUUCUCUGGCAGCCCGUUCCAGUGCUCCAUUACCCUCGCAGUAAGAAAGUUCUUUCACAUGUUGGUAUGUAUGAAACUUCCUGUGUUCCUGUUCAGUCUCAUUGCCCCUUUUCCUGUCACUGGGAACCACCAAAAAGAGCCUGCUCCCAUCCACUUGACACCUGCUCAUAGAUAUUUAUAAGCAUUGAUUUUCCCCCCCCCUCAGUCUUCUCCAGGCUGAACAGCCCCAGCUCUCAGCUUUUCCUCAUACAGGAGAUGCUCCUAUCCACAGCCAUCCCUGUGGCCCUCCACUGGACUCUGGGUAGUUCCCUGUCUUGAACAGGGCACAGUUCUCUAGGUGUGGCCUAACCAGGACAGAAAGGAGGAGGAUCACCUCCCUCAACCUGCUGGCCACACUUUUUAAUGCACCCCAGAAUACCAUUGGCCUUCUUGGCUACGGGGGCGCACUGCUGGAUCAUGGCCUACCUGUCAUCCACCAGGUCCUUCUCUGCAGAGCUCCUCUCCAGCAGGUCUCCUAGCCUGUACUGAUGCAGGUUAGUCCUCACCAGGUGUAGGACCUACUCUCGCUCUUGUUGAAUCUCAUCAGGUUCCUCUCCGCCCAACUCCCAGCCUGUCCAGGUCUCACUGAAUUGCAGCACAGCCUUCAGACACGUCAGCCCCUCCUCCUGGCUUUGUAUCAUCAGCAGACUUGCUGAGGGUGGACUCCAUCCCUUCGUGCAGGCUACUGAUGAAGAUGUUGAACAGGACUGGAAUGAGCACCAGUUCCUGGGGAACACCAGCAGGUCCUGGAGUUUUAUUUGAACUGCUGGGCUGCAGCUGCUCUUCAGUAAGUGCAGAGCCCUCAUCAGGAGGUCAUCUUGGUCUGCUUUUAUUAUGCCCAACAGAGCCCAACAACUCUUGUAGUUCAGAAAUGUAGGAACUUCAUAUAAUAUUCUGCAGUUCCUUGAAAUCUGCAAUCUUCUAUGCACUGAUAGCACCAAGUAUUAUGCUGUGCAUUGUUCAAGUUCUAAAUGUGUAAAAUAUCAGCAGUCUUGAGGCAUCAUUAAUUUGCUGAUUCUGCAGAAGAAUAAUUAAUAAAACCCUCAGUUAUGACUCCCAGCGUCGUGGUUCCCAUCGCUCAUGCUCUUUGACUUCAGCUGAUGAAGAACUUGCUGGAUAUUACAAGCCCUGGGCCUGCUUUCUCCUCUGGGCAUGCAUGGAUGUGGUCUGCUUUGGGUAGAGCUACCAGAGGUCUCCAGAGAGGUGGAUGCAGAGGUAGAAGGUGCUUCUUUU